AUGUACGGCGGUAGGGAGUACUACAUGGAGGUACUUGUCACGGACGUCAUCAGCACCCAAAACACCGUAGCACCAUGUUCCAGCAUAAUCAACGAAAUGAAAGGAAGGAACCUUUCAGUACAGCACUUGGUCUGCCCUGAAAGUCGAGAGCAUAUUCAGGUCCUCGUAGGCACGGAUCAAUACUGGGAGCUCGUAACAGGAAGAGUUUUGAGACUGGGAAGCAGUUUACGGGCAGUGGAAACAAGACUAGGAUGGACAGUUCAUGGAGUGUGCCCAGAAAGUGGAAUAAUCAAGCACUGUAAUCAAGCUCUGGUGUUACGUAUAGCACUGGAUGAAUUAGAAACAGAUACGACGUUGAAGAAGUUUUGGCAGCUGGAAUCCAUUGGAGUGACACAUGACGCCGACGAUGAAAGGGACAAUACAGUGCUACGUCAGUUCUCAGAAACUGUGAAACUGAAGGAAGGGCGUUACGAAGUAGCGCUCCCGUUCAAGUCUACAGUGGACUUGGGAAGUAACAAAGAAGUAGCUCUGAAGAGGCUUAAUCAGUUGACUAGAAGACUCACUCGUAAUCAGGAGCUCUUGAAGAGGUACGACGAAACUAUACGAAUGUACAGUGAUGAGGGCAUGGCCGAGAGAGUAUACAGUGACGAGGAAGACGUCGUGUACUACAUGCCACAUCAGGCGGUUCUCAGAGACUCGAGCACCACAACAAAACUUCGGGUGGUAUUCGACUGUUCGUCCAGCUGCGUCACUGCCAAAUCGCUCAAUCAGUGUUUAGAAGCAGGACCGAAUCUAAAUCCGGAUGUUGUGGAAUUGUUAAUGAAUUUCCGGAUAAAGAAAGUCGCCCUGGUGGCCGACGUACAAAAAGCCUUUUUACAAAUAGAAGUACGAAAGGAGGACAGAGAUGCCCUACGUUACCUGUGGUAUGAAACAACGCCAAAAGGAGGAGUGCCACUACCAAAGAUAGAAAGCUGGCGGAUGACGAGAGUCCCAUUUGGUACGACGGCAAGUCCGUUUUUGCUUGCUGCUACGUUACGGAAUCAUUUCAAGGCGAUGGAAGAAGAGUACCCAGAGACGGCGAGCCGCCUAGGGAAACACAUGUACGUCGACGACCUGGUCAUCGGAGCCACUGAUGUGCAAGAGGCAAAGAAGAUCGCUAAAGAGGCAACAGAGAUUCUGGAGCGGGCGCACAUGAAGUUACACAAGUGGGCGUCAAGCGACAAUGACGUGCGUCAAUUCUUGCAAGCGGAGUCUGGUGAAAGGACAUUAGGAGACACGAAGGACAUGCAAAAGGUCUUAGGAUUAGCCUGGCUACCGGACGAAGACGUUUUAACGAUUUCAAUGAACGACGUAUGGGACAUGCAUCAGGAACGAGGAGACACCAAGCGACGGGUCCUGCAGAUCACUGCACGAGUGUACGAUCCUUUGGGAAUGCUGGCACCUUUCACCGUAUGCGCAAGAAUAUUAUUCCAGUUGUUGUGGAAACGAAAGGUUGGUUGGGAUGACAUACUGCCCAUAGAACUUCAACCAACAUGGAAUCAGUGGUGUGCAGAGUUGUUGCACCUGCAAGACCUGAAAGUAUCAAGGUACAGCGGGCAGGACAAGGAUGCAGAUGUCGUGUUCACGGAUAUACAUAUAUUCUGUGAUGCAAGCCCCGCAGCUUAUGGAGCGGUAUCAUAUACAGUUAUGGAAGAUUCCAGUGGUACAAAGAGCCCAACAAUGUAA